AUGGCUGAUCAGAAGAUGGAGAUGGGUGAAGUUGGAACAUCUCUGAUGGCUUCAGAGCCUCAACCAACUCCAGCCAGACCUCCUAACAAAUUUGAGAGGUUAUUUCAGCCCUGUCUGGGCGAGCUGGUGGGAACUACGUUCUUCGUGUUUAUUGGAUGUGUGUCAGUCAUAGAGAAUGUGGAGUCUGCAGGGAGGCUUCAGCCGGCUCUGGUGCACGGUCUGGCUGUGGCCGUCAUGGUGGCUUGCAUGGCUGAAAUCAGUGGUUCCCAUUUCAACCCUCCAUUCACUCUGGCCGUCUAUUUGUGUGGGGGGAUGGAAAUGAGCAUGGUGGGCCCGUACCUUGCAUGUCAGUUGGUUGGAGGAGUACUUGGAGCUGCAAUGGCAAAGGCAAUGACCUCCAGAGAGAACUAUGCCAGGGCCCAAGGCGCUGCGUUUGCAUUGCUGCAGUCAGAAAGUCAAAUAGGAAGAGCUCUGUUUGGAGAGAUCGCCAUGACCUGCCUGGUCACCAUGGUGGUGCUGCUGGGGGCUGUGAAUGCCAAGACCAGAAGUCCCCUGGUGCCUUUCAUGGUUGGCUGCACUGUUAUCAUCAAUGUCUUGGCUGGUGGAGAUGUAUCUGGGACUUGUCUGAACCCUGCCAGAGCCUUUGGUCCAGCCAUAGUCAGCAACUACUGGACUCAUCACUGGGUCUACUGGGUAGGGCCCAUUGCAGGGGGUCUAAUAGCAGCUGCUCUGGUUCGACUCCUUCUUGGAGACCAGAAGAUUCGACUUAUUCUGAAAUGA